AUGUUUUGGCGUUUUGGAGGAUACUCCAAUAUAUCAUCGAUUGAUACCUUACUCGACAAACCUAAUGUCAAGCUCGAAGACUUGCUGGAAGAGUCCGACCUCAUUCAAGAACUCAAAUCCCACCAUACCAAACUGAUAGAGUAUCUCCGCGACGAAACAAACCUUCACACUCUGCUUCAUUAUGUGAUAAAGCCUGGGGCACAGCCCCAAAAUGACGGAUUGGAUCAAGACGAAAAGGGCAAAGGUCCUGCAGUUGAUGAUGAAGAUGAAGAUGUCGAAAGAGAAUUCGAUGAAGAACAAGAGAAGGCGGAGAAGAAGCGGCUGAAAUAUGCUUUUGUCGCUUGCGAGAUCCUCUCUUGCGAGACUUGGUCGAUCACAGAAUCUUUAAUGUCCAACACACCCUACUUGACCGAGUUCUGGGAUUUCUUACGCGGUCCUGCUCCUUUGGAUCCGCUCCAGGCAGGUUACUUCACAAAAGUCAACGAGACAUUAUUGGAAAAGAAAACAGAAGAGAUGUUAGACUUCUUCAAGUCACUCCCGAAUAUUGUUCCCGCCAUCUUACAGCAUGUUGACUGCCCUAUGGUUAUGGAUUUGUUGUUGAAAAUCAUUAGCCUAGAGAAGUCGGAUGGGGGAAUGGGAAUUGUUGAUUGGCUUCACGGUCAGGAGUUGAUUCCAAGAUUGCUGUCCAACCUGGCACCAGAGUGCAAUUCAUCUACUCAGACCUCGGCCGGUGACUUUCUCAAGGCCAUUAUUACUAUAUCUGCGAAUGCCGCUCAAAAUGAGCAGUCCUGCAUCGGCCCGAAUUCCUUGACUCGCCAACUGGUAUCACAGCAAUGCGUCGAACAGCUGAUCUCUUUCAUGCUGCAGGGCGGUAAUCCACUUACUGUGGGAGUCGGCAUUGUUAUCGAAGUCAUCCGAAAAAACAACUCCGACUAUGAUCCAGACCAAGGCCAUAACCCAGACUCACCUCCUACCAAUCACGACCCUAUUUACCUUGGAACCCUGCUGAGGCUGUUUGCCCAGCAUGUUCCUGACUUCAUGAGUCUCAUUCUGAGCUCAAAACACACUGUCACUAAGGGUGAAGAAACUAGUGUAGUUGAACGAGGCCGACUCAAGUCUGCUUGGGGAACCCAAAUCGAGCCCCUGGGUUUUGACCGGUUCAAGACCUGUGAGCUGAUGGCAGAAUUGCUCCAUUGCAGUAAUAUGGGAUUACUUAACGAGAGAGGAAGCGAAGAAUUCAUCAAAGAACGAGACCUUGAGCGUGAACGAUUACGAGCCACAGGUGCUUUCCUAUCUCCCAAACAAUCUGAAGAUUCAACUGUGGAUAUAUCUGUCAGCUCUUCUCGAUUUGAAACUACGUUCAGCCCUUCGGCAUCGGCAUCCGCUGAAGAACUUCGGAUCGUCAACAACGUCGAAGAGGAUGGCUUCGAGAAGGUGGCUGUUUCUGAAGCAUCAGAUGCCCCAACCAACACUUUAGCAUCUCAACAAGACCUAGUCGAUGAACCGUUGUCACCACAACAGCCCCAAAGUCAUCUGACACCACCUGGAAAUCUGGAUGAAACUGUUCGCCGCCUCAGCCUGGACAGUCCGGAAGACACUGACAUGACUUCAUCUCCCAAUGAACCAGAUUCGAUUGGCUCGCCUUCUAGUGACAAGUCCAGUCCACCCAGCAUCAAGAACGAAAAGCCUGCGCCAUUGUUUUCCAAGAAUUCCGACCCAAAUAAGACACCGACCGCCAGUAGUCCAGAACCUCCCCACAGCCCCAGUAUUACCAAGGAUAGUGCAUCUGUCUCUGAAACUGUUCAGACGAGCCAACCCGAAGGAGAAUCGUUACAAACAACAAAUGACGAUACAACAGAAGUCAUACAACCAAGCAGUACUGACUUUAAUGAAGCACCAGUUGUUGGAGAUUACCUCAAGAUCAUGUUUGUUGAGAAUCGGGUUGUCCCAACGAUCUUGAGCUUCUUUUUCCGCUUCCCUUGGAACAACUUCUUACACAAUGUCGUCUAUGACGUUGUUCAACAGGUCUUCAAUGGUUCAAUGGACCGUGGCCAUAACCGCUUCCUUGCCUUUGAUCUUUUCGAAACAGGUCGCAUUACUGAUGAAAUCAUUGAAGGCCAGAGACGAAGUGAUGAAGCUCAACAGUCCAAGAAUAUGCGUCUCGGUUAUAUGGGUCAUCUCACAUUAGUUGCAGAAGAGGUCGUCAAGUUUGGCGAGCGACACGCAAGAGAAGUACUAUCCCCAGUUGUGCAGGACUACAUUUAUUCUCGUGACUGGGAAGAAUACGUGACCAAAACCUUGGCCGAAACCAGAGAGAGGGACAAUGCAAUCCUAGGUGGAUUCAGACCCGAUAACGGCCUCGGCCCUAGACAAGCUGUCCUAAAUGCCGUGAGCGCUGGGCAAGGCUUUGGUGGCUCAAGUACAGGCUUGGCCGGCGUUGGCUUGGGUGGUGGCCAGCAUGGUCUAGACAGCAUAGAUCUUUCGAACAACGGAAGUGCCACUAGUGCCGGUUACAACUCUGGCGGUUCACUAUCCAGUGGGUUUGGAAGCUCUUCGGAUGAUGAAGACGAGGACAUGGAUGAUGCAGAGGAUGAGGAACACGGCAGGAUCGCCUCCCAGCCUUCUGCUGCACCUACUGGUCUUGCAUCAGAAAAUUCUGAUCAACCAGUACCAUUACUGCCUCCACCACCGGCACCACUGAACAUCGAGCCCUCACGUGCUCGUAGGAGACUAGCGGAUCGCUUAGCGAGACGAAAACAGCAAGAUGCAGAAAAUGAGCUGGCAGCCACCGAGUUUGAUUCCCAGGCUGACGACCCAUUCGCUGCCUUGGGAAAUGGUGAUGAUCAGGAUGCCGGAGAUCCGUUUUCAUUGGAUGAAGAAGAACAGGACAUUACCACGUUUGGUAGAAGAAGCAACGCUAAUACUUCGGACCAAAACAGUGGAGACCAUCACAGCUUCUCGGUCAGUCGAGGUUUGACCAGUCUAUUCUCUGCCAGUCCCGAGCGCAACCGAUCCUCCGACGAUUUUGAGGGCUCAUUGGAUGAGUCAUCAUCUGAAGGGUCUGGAUCGGACAUUGAUGCCGACCAUCCUCCUCUUGAAGCGAGAACCAGUCUUGAACGUCGUCCACUAGAUGUGGACGAUGAUGAGGAAAUGGGUGAGAUGGUGGCUCCAACCGAAGAUAGCAGCAACAGUUCGGAUGAAGAAGUCUUGAGCCCUAUGGAGAAAGAGAAAUUGGGACGUGGUUUCGGGAUGAACGACGCUGAUGAGCAGGCUUCAGAGUUUGCUGGACAAGCUGAUCAUGAUGACGACGAUGACGAUAGCGACCAAUUGGUGGAGAUUGCAAUGCCGGCGAACUCGAAGAGGAGAUCAAGAGGUUGA